GCAUAUUAGAUGUCACAAUGUCUACAAAAUGGAAUUGCACUAUGAUUUAUUAAAACAUGCUUUAGUUUAGUCUAUUUAUUCAUGCUUUAGUUUUGUUGUGUUCUCAUUGAUCUUCUGUGUCUCAUUCCUGUCUUCCCCCAAAGUGUCAGCCAUGGUGUAUGCCUUUGCCUUGACCUACUCCGGCUCCUUUUUCCAUUACCCUGUUCUGCCAAACUACCAUCGUCACACUCAGUCCUUUGCCAACCGUCCCAUCAAUCCUUCUACCAUCCUAAACCUUCCUGAUUUCUUACCUCUAGGAUUGGAUGUGAUGCCGUUUUUUCAGAACCUAGGUUGGGAAUUCCUGCUGUCUCCUGAAGCCUCUUCUACCCUUGUUUGUCCUGAGGCAGUUAGGUUUUUCUUCUUUAACCCGCGUUACUUUGGUCUUCAAUCUCGCACCCUGUCUUCUCUUGUGCAUGGCCACAUGAUUACUCUCCCCCUGCAUGAUAUCAGUCGUCUACUUCAUAUUCCUGCUUUUGGGGAGGCUCUUGCCCAUCCAGCUGAACUCCCUUUAUUCAAUUUUGAUGUAGUCACUGAGGCAGUUCACCUCACUGGUCAUGAACCUGACCAGGAUCUAUCAUUCUCUGCGGAUCUCCUUUACCCUUCCCUGAAAGCUUUUCACUACAUUUUGACCAGAGUCUUUCUUCCUCGCUCGAUUUUCCUCAAUCGUGUCCUUCCUCUAGAUCUGUGGAUUCUGUCCCAUGCUGUUGUUGUUGUCCCUCUUGACUUCUCUCAUCUUCUGUUUGGAGCACUUAUUCCCUUCAUCGAUCAUAAUUUUCAUGCUCCUCUCCCGUUUGGCGCUAUGAUUACUCGUCUGUUGCUUGCCUUGCCACUCAAUCUGUCUCCCUAUCGUACUGAGAAUCCUUCUCUGUGGCUUACCGCGGAUGACGUACUUCAUGAAAUUGGGAUUGUGAUUGAGGGGGAAGAUGAUGACAUAUUUCACUGGAUCAGCAGCGACUCUAAGGUUGAAAAUGAGGGUGAGGGUGGCGAAGCUGUGGAAGCACCAGAGAUAGUAGAACCAGAAGUUGCUGCCCCUGCUCCUGUUCCUCUUGCAUCUUUUGCAGUUGUUCUCCAAGAGCUCUAUGGCUCUGACUCUUAUUAGAGCCAGCUCUGUUGGAACUAGUUUUAGUAGAUUCUGGUUUGCCUUGAUAGAUGUUUGUGUGAGGAUUCUUGGAGAGACUGUUUUCAUUUGGUUAUUGGACUUAUUUGAUGUAUUGCUCAGGGGGAGCUUCGAAUUGUGAUUGUGUUUUAUCUGUCUUUUGGUAUUGGAGUUAUCUUAUGAAUGAUGUCUUGCUGCUUGAUUUGCGGAGGAAAGGUGUUUGUUAAAUGUUUGCAGGUUUGAAGCAAUCUGCAAUCUCCAACUUAGGGGGGAGAUUGUUGACUAAUUCAAGUUUGAGAUUGAAUCUGAAAGAUUGCAGUAUCAAAGCCACCAUUUAAGGAAUCAAAUCGCUGUCAAGGAAAGUUGCAUUUCCUGUGUGCAACGGCUAGCUUGCCUCUCUCUAUAUAUUCUUGCUGCUGAUUUCAUGAGGAGACACUUUUGCAUAAGCUCUCAGUGGCAUAGGUCUGAAGCUAGGAAAUUGCAUAAGGGGUUUGACAAUCUCAGGGGUAGAGGUUCUGAGUGUGUCAAGGCAGAUUAGAUCAAGGCUGAUCUUGGUGGUUUGUUUAUUUUUGUUCUAUUGUUUUCGUUUCAUAUUCUUGUCUUUCAUUUUGUUUGAAAAACUGAAAAAUAAUCAAACGCCUCCCAGACCAUAUUCUGGGACGAGGAAGUAAACCAUUGCACUGGGGCGAACCUCGUUAAAAAACAUGGUGUGUCUUUUCUUUCCUUGCUCUACUUUCGCUUUCUCGAGUGGUUACUUCAGCCCUCUGUUCUUCCCCUGUUUUUCCUCUGCUGAGGGAUUGUGCUCUGCACUAAACGAAGAAGGAAACGUUUCUGGUUUCCUUGACAAACCAGAGACUGGGCUUGGACUGUUCAAUUUUGGGCUCGGGUUUUAUUAAGGUUGAAAAGUGGGCUUGAAGUCUUUCGAGCCCAGACUUAAAGAGAAGGAACGUAGAGAGUCGCAAACUCUUUCUUUCAUCGUUCCCUUCUCUGGAAAUCUGAUCUCAAAGUCACCUAACCUGAACCCUAAAAUUCCUCAACCUCUUUCAAUUUCAACAACCAUUCUUACUAUCAAACAAACUCCAACCAAACUUCUCACCAAACAAGUGAGACCAAAACACAACUACCCAAAGUCAACUCCAAAGCGAUUCCUCCACCGAAACCAAGCUAAGGAAUUGAAAGCUACCUCCACAAAGCAAAACUUCAGUCCAGCGCCAAAUUCCCAAAACCGCAACCAGGCUCUGAUACCACUUGUCAGAACAGAAGCGUGCAAUCAAUAAUCCAAAUCAACACGAACGAACACAAAUUUAACGUGGUUCACUAACACAAUGUGUGUUAGCUAAUCCACGGGCGGGGGAGGGGGGGGGGACAAAUUUCACUGAUUUGAGGAGAGUACAGGUUACAAACCAAAUUCCAAACGGACAAACCCAACAAACUAACUUGACUGACGUUACUACAGACUAGGGUGAUGAAGAGUAUUUAUAGAACUCUUCUCCUAAUCCCAAACAGAAAACCAAACUCCUUUUCCCAAACAUACAAGGAAAAGGUCAUACAAAACCCAAACACAAACCCAAACAAAAUAGGCCCAAACACAAAACAAACCCAAAUCAAAUUCAAGUCAUAUUCCAACAAAAUGCUUCUCCAUCUUCACCGUCAUUCACCAGCGUAAAUCUUAUUCCAUCUCGUACCAUGUUGUCCUCAUCCUCGUUCUUAAUAAAUACGAAUAUAAGAC